AUGCAGAAGGUGGGCUUAACAUUGUUAACAAACUCAAUCUUCUGCCUACAAUUUGGAGUUCUCCUGGGGUGUGGGUGCUCUCUGACGAAUAUCACCCUAUACGUGAACAUGCAUGAAUGUGGACAUUGCAUGGCUGUCAACACCACCAUCUGCAGCGGCCUCUGCCACACCCAGGACACCAACUUGAGGGGGUUUGUGGGCAAGCACUACUUGAUCCAGCGAGGCUGUGUGCAACGCUCCGUGGACUACCAAGCGACUAAGAUGCCCGGUUGCCCCACUGGCACUGAUCCUUUGUUCUUCUACCCAGUGGCCCGACAAUGCCACUGUGCUAAAUGCAACACCAGAAGAAUGGAGUGUGUCCAUGUGACCAAGAGAAAUAGUCAUCGCUGCUCAAAGCGCUUGCGCCCUGUCUGA